CUGUAGGCCCACGAAGGCCCAAGCCCAAACCUUCCCAAAACCCUUCUCCAGUCCUGCUCACUCCCGUCUCCGAGCGCCGCCGCCACCAGCGCCAGCGCCGACGCGCGAGAAACAGGAGGAAGAAGAGGCUAGCCGAUCCAGCUGCUAUGGCGGGCGGGGGCCUGCUUGGGGGCGCGUUCUGGGCGACGCGGGCGCUGGAGGUGGUCAAGCGGAAUGAUUCCCCGGGCCUGCUGUGGAAGCGCAUCAAGCUGACAACCACCCGCAAGAACAACGCCAAGAAGCGCCUCAAGCGACUCUGGCAGAAUGAGGCGGUUAUAAGGGCUUGUGGUGAAUCAGAAUCUGUGUCAGCAUCAAACACGGCUUCUACGGCUGAGAAACAACAGUAGCUUGGAGCUGAAUACAAAACUGGAGCAGGUCCUAUGACUUUUGCACGAUUGGCUGAAGCCUGAACUAUCCCCCCCAGUAUUUUGAGUUUGCUGUCCUCAGAUUGAAAGCCAAGUGCGUGUAUAAAUCUUACUUUCUUCUUCCAGAGGACAUCAUUGCUUGCUACCGCAUGCAACCUUGCCCCCUCCUGCUUACAUCAGUUCCUAGCAUCUAUCCCCUCCUGAAUUCCAUCGUUUUCGAUUUCGCUGUUUCCAUGUUACUUCUGGAAAAACUGUUGAGCUUGUUUUCUUUCCUCUAUUCUGCAUCAUGCCUAGGUCAGUCUAACUACUAUUCUGCAUAUGCUGAUAUGCUAUAUGAGAGAAAAACACUGCUUAUUGUCUGCGGCAAUGUAAUGCAUUGCACCCGUUGCUGUCGUUGACAUCAGCUUGCCACCGUUUUUCGAAGCUUGCAAGUUUGGUUAA